AUGUCUACCACGACUUACAUCUCAACCACCACCGCGGUGUCUUCAGCGACCGCAACUUGCACAACAGCAACGCCAGACAAAUAUGGUCGAGUUCCUGUUGAUGCGUGCAACUCCAACUAUUUCUUCGACCCUAGUUUUGCAGCCAAUCUUGCAUUCUGUGUGCUUUUUGGUAUGACCACCCUCGUUCAUCUCGUCCAGGCCAUUCUGUUCAAGAAGAGGUUCUGCUGGGUUGUCAUUAUGGGUGCAGCCUGGGAAACCAUCGCCUUCGCCUUCAAGACGCUUGGAAGUCACCAUCAGCAAAACAUCAUGUACCUCACUUGGGGUCAACUCUUGUUCCUCCUUUCUCCCCUUUGGAUCAAUGCAUUUGUAUACAUGGCAGUAGCACGCAUGGUAUACUUCCGCAUGCCCGGUCGAGAGCUCCUUGGUGUCAAGGCCAUCCGCAUGACACUCCUCUUUGUCUGCCUCGAUAUUUUUCUCUUCCUUGUCCAGGGAGCUGGUGGAAGUAUGCUCUCCAACACAGACGGUGACCAAAACAUCAUCGACAUCGGAAUGAAGGUCUACAUGGCUGGUGUUGCUCUUCAGCUUGUGGUCGUCCUCGUCUUUACAGGCAUCACUGCCUUUUUCUACCACAAGUUGCGACAGAUCGAGGGACGAAGUAUUGGAUGUAUGAAGUGGCUCAUCUGGACCAUGCUCGCGGUCCUUAUCCUGAUUGUGGUCCGAAUCGUAUACCGUCUUGUUGAAUUCGGUCCUGGUGUCAACGCUCAUAACCAACUGCUUAUUCACGAAGAGUACCCACUCUGUCUGGAUGCUACACCAAUCUUGAUCGCCCUCGUAUUGCUCAACGUCAUGCAUCCCGGUUUCGUCCUCCGUGGACCCGACAGCGAGUUUCCCAAACUCUCUCGCAAGGAGAAGAAGGCACUCAAGCAGCAGAAGAAGCAGGAGAAGAAGCAGGCCAAGGAAACAAAAAAGGCUCGCAAAGCCGGUGCACAGGAGCUCAAGAACCUGUCUGUCGAUGAACGAUCAAUCGGUAGCCGCGAAAUGGUCUAA